AUGGCCGACAACCAGCGUCUGUCCCGCACCCUGCAGAGGGACUCGCACGACCUGUCGCUGUCCCCACGCAACGUCACCCGCGACUCCCUCGUCACGAACAUGCUCAUGUCGCUUGACCAGUUUUCCGUCAUCCCCAGCAGCUCCUCCAACAAUCAAUACGCCGACGACGAACCGGACUCGCCUCGCUUCUUCGACAUUCCCAGGUACAGGCCGGGCCACGCAGACGACGACGACUACGACGACGACGACCUCGAUACCCUGCCUCCGGCUCACGCUGCCACCUGGCCCGCCCAGGUUCCCGCCCAGGCCUCCGACCUCUACCAGCAGCAGCAGCGUCAGCAACGCCACCGUCACCAGGCCCAGCCCUCGUACAGCUCCGACCUCGAUAUCCCUACAGACGACGAGAGUCCCAGGGCCCACCUCUACUCGCGGCAGCGGAGGAGCAACAGCAGCAUCACCUACCAGGACGCCGCCUAUGCUCAGGCGAGGAGCCACCGGCAGCCGCCUCCCCGCACUCGCGACAACCAUCUCCGUGGAGGGAGGGGCAGCAGGAGCAGCAGAGGUAGCAGCGUCACCAGCUUUGAUCAGGGCUCGCCAGCCCAAGGCCCCGUAUCGGGCACCGCCGGCAGUGCCGCCCAACGCUGGAACCGUGGCCUGGGCCGAUCCUCGAGCUUCGACUUGGACACGGCGCCGUUGUCUGCUGUGGCCCCGGCCCAGCAGCGCCAGCAGCAGCCCCCCUCGCAGUCGCAUCUCCACCACCCUCUCCUCGAGGACGUGCCUCAGUCCCCCUUCCAGACCGACUUCCGCAGCUUCCUCGACGACGAACUAGACGCCGCUCCGAACCCGACCGUGCCCAGCGGACCCCGCAAGAUACCCUCCUCAGCUUCUAUGCUCCCGCCUCCACCGGAGCCUCUAGAACGUCCGGCAACCCACCGAAACCACAGCUCCGGCCGCUCCAUCAAGAGCUCCUCCGGCCGCAGCAGGGUCGCCACAGCUCGCGAAGCUGCCUCCUCUCCCAUGCCGCCCUCCGCCUCCAUGCCGGUCGUCGACAUCGACUCGGCCCCGGCACCCAACGUCGGCUACGGAAAACCAAAGGAGCUGGCCACCUCCGCCUCCAGCCCCGCUCUCCCGCAAAAGGAUCGCCCAGGCUUCUUCAAGAGGGUCUUUGGAGGUGGCAGCUCGUCCAAGACCUCCCUGGCCCCCCCUCCCACGGCGGAUUCGAAGCGCCCUCCACGCCUUGACUCGGUCGAUGCGGGUAGCGACAGCCCCGGUGCCGGGAAGCCGCAGCAGAAGCCCACCUCUACGCCGCCCUCGCGCGACGUGAUGACCUCCCACUCCAACCACCCCCCUCUGCAGAAGAAGACGUCUUCCUUUUUCCGACGCCGCAAGAAGACCCCUGAAUCGGUACCUCCCCUCCCCUCUGGCCUCCCCGCAACCGCCGCCGCCGCCACCACCACCACCACCACCACCACCACCACGGCUGCUCCUGCCGAUGUCGAGGCACCGCCUGUGCCUCCCCUCAACGUGGAGGCCGAGCAGGACGCCUACAUCUCCAAGCCCAUGGACAGUCCCGUCAGCAGCCUGCGACAUGCCAUGGACCACUUCAUGCACGAAACCACGCCGGUCCAGCUCAAGUCGUCGGCUCCGCUGGCCGACAUCACCAACACGGCCCCGCAGUCGUCGACCGACGGUUACAGACGCGACUUCUCGCCCGACUACGAGCCGAGCCCGAACGCCCGUAUUCGAAAGGUGCAGUCCAAUCUCGAGAACGACAAUGGCACGCCUACAAAGUCUCCGUCCACCGACCAGGAUGCCGUCUCCAGGAACGACUCCUUUCUCGAUCUCGACGGCGGCAGCGACAAUGAUGACCCCACUCCGCUGUUCAACCCGCUGUCUGGCAGCCGGCCGAUGGACGGCACCAGCUCUCAGAGUGGCAAUGGAAAUCCCGGUAGCAAGCGGCCACCCCCCACGACGACGUACUCUACCAUGCCGCGCGAGAGGAGGUCGACCGGGAACCUGCGGUCCGUCCGCCCCGACUCCGGCGCCAACCUGGCCCUUCCGCUCGAAGGGACCACCAAGCGCCGUAGCGGCUCCACGUCUCCCCGGUCCCCCGUCAGUGCCGGCACCCCUGCCAGUAUCACGCCCAGCGUACGUAUCGACAUGCCGGCGUCUGACCAGCCCGCUCCCAAGGGCCAGCCGUCGCACGAGUCCAUGCGGAACCAGCCCCUGGACGAGCCCGAGUUUGUCGUCGGCGAACCCACCGAGGACGACAGGCAAAAGGCCCAGAAGAUCUUUGACGGCAUCGAAGACUUCAUCCAGAAGGAGAAGGCAGCCGCCUGGAUGGGCGAGGAGGGCCCCGUGCGUCAGAGGACCCUGCAGGCGUACAUGGAUCUCUACGAUUUCGCGGACCAGAGCGUCGUCUAUGCGCUCCGCCAGGUCUGCGGCCGUCUCGUUCUCAGGGCCGAGACGCAGCAGGUGGAUCGUAUCCUCGUGGCGUUCUCGAAACGUUGGUGCGAGUGCAAUCCCAAUCACGGGUUCAAGGCGACUGACGUCAUCCACACAAUCUGCUACUCCAUCAUGCUGCUCAACACCGAUCUCCACAUGGCCGACAUCGAAUCGAAGAUGACACGCAGUCAGUUUGUCAGGAACACCAUGGGUACCAUCGUCGACGCCGCCAUCUCGGCAUCCGAGGCCGAGGCAGCAUCACGCCGGCCGAGCACCGUCCCCGAGCGGUCCUCCAUGCUGGACGACGACCCGCCGCCGCCGCCCACCGUCGAGGAUAGGAAGCUCUUCAGGAACUCGUUCCGCCCUCCACCCAGACUGGAUGGCCAGGCGGGCGACGGCGUCGACGACUGCGGACCCCUCGUCAAGACCAGGUACGCGGGUACCAUGAAGGGGUGGGAGGAUCAGGUUGAGAUCGUCCUCAAGUCCAUCUACAACUCCAUCCGCGACGAGAGGCUGCCCCUCUUCGGAGCCGCAGACGCCUCCAAGUCGGCCCCGGUGCCGCCGUCUACGUCGCAGAGCAACCUGUCGGUCAUGCACAUGCUCAAGCGGUCGCCGAGCUCUCUGAGCAAGACGCCCUCGGACGGCAACCUGUCCGUGCGCGGACGCGUGGCCGAGGGCCGCGCCAACACCUCGCGCUGGACCUCGAAGAGCCGGUCUCGCCCCGGGAUCGGCAGGAGCGGGUUCAACUCGAGCCGCACGAGCUUCGACGACAACAACUCGAUCUGGAGCCCCCCGCUGUCGUCGUCUGCCACGUGGAGUCGGCAGUCGCUCGGCAGGACGCAGACCUCGGUGUCGCAGGAUUCGCUCGGGUCCACCAUGCUGCGUGGCGACUACCAGCAGUCGAUCGGAUUCGCCAACGCGCUAAGCCAGGCCAUCAUCCGCGACGACGACGGCUACGGCAACGAGUCGGUGCCGUCGGUUCACAGCGCCGACAUGUCUGCCCAGCUCCUCGAGGACGAGUCGCUCGAGCUCACGGGCCCGCCCUGGGUCAAGGAGGGCAUGGUGAUCCACAAGCACCACCUGGACGGGGUCGACAAGAAGGCCAAGGAGCGCAGCUGGAACGAGGUGUUUGCCGUCAUCCAAAAGGGCCACAUGGGUCUCUUCUCGUUCGCGGCCAACAAGUCGACGAGGCAGAAGAGCCGCACGCGCGCCGCGGCGGCAGCGGCGGGAGGAGGGGGCACCGUCGUCGGCGGCGGAAACUGGCAGGACAACGCCACGAGCGUGGGCUCCUUCAGCCUCCGCCAGACGCUGGCCUCCGCGCUCCCGCCUCCGGGCUACUCGCGGUCCCGGCCGCACGUGUGGGCGCUCAGCCUGCCGACGGGGGCCGUGCACCUCUUCCAGGUCGGCACGCCGGAGCUGAUCAAGGAGUUUGUCACGACGGCCAACUACUGGAGCGCGCGGCUGAGCACGCACCCGCUCAUCGGCGGCAUCAGCAACAUGGAGUUCGGCUGGAGCGAAGCCGUGGUCAACAAUGCGCUCCUCAGCGCCAUCAACAACGACGCCAGCAGCAUCAGCAACGGACCACCCGGGUCAUCAGGCACCGGCUCGGGACUGGCCCUGCCUUCGACAGCAGGCACGCUGGGCAGUCGCGACAGGUCGUCGCGACCGGGAAGCAGCGCGGCGACGGGGCACAUCCGCAAGUCGAGCGUGGGCAGCUUCCGGUCAGCCAGCCUGGACCACGCGGCGGCAGCGCUGACCAACGCCGCAUCCGGACGCACCGGCGGCGGCGGCGGCGGCAAGCUCCCCGGCGACCGCAUCCACAUUGCUGAGUGGACGCCACCUGCGCAGAGCAUGCGUCCCAGCACCGACGGCGAGAGCGAGCAGCUGCGGACGCUGCAGGCCUACGUCAAGGGCAUAGAGGAAGAGCUGCAAGCGCACAAUCAGCUGCGCAGCCCGAUGCUCCUCGCCUUCACGCCCCGCGGGCAGAAUGCCAUCAGGGCCAUGUCCAACUGGGAACGCAAGAGCGCGUACCUCCUUCGGGAGAUUGUCAAGUUCCGCACCUACGUCGACUGCCUCCAGCAGGCCGAGAUGAGGAAGCAGGAUAUCUAUGCUGAGAGGGAUCUAGCUCACAGGGCUGCUAGGGGAGAAUUGGAUGAUGAGGAUAUGGAUAGUGACGAGUGA